AACCAUCUAAAGGACCACCCAUAUGGAGGAUCAUUGAUGCACGUCACUCACCAGCUUCCUGGACUGUGCAUCUGAUGUGGAAGGCAUUGGAGCCAUUUGAAGCCAAUGGAGUAAUCCUGCAGUAUGAAGUGACUGUCAGAGCUAAAUCAUCUCUCACUAGUCCACCAGAGAAAUACAAUGUUAGUACUACCAACCUUACAUUAAAGCUGCCAAAUGGAACUUACGAAGUGACUGUGAUUGCCCGUAACAGAGUUGGGGCAUCCCCUCCAUCGGUUUUACUUAUCCCAGCGAGUAAUUCAAAAGCUCCUGUGAAGAAUGUUAGAACACUACCUAAAGAUGGCAAGUUGUGGGUAGGGUGGACUGCUCCUAGCAGUUAUGUUCUUAAAUAUGUGAUUGAAUGGUGUCUGGUGUCCAACAGCUCAGACUGCAUCAUAGAAUGGCAGAAUGAACCAGGAAAUGUUCAAGGAACAUACUUAAAAGGUGAUAUAAAGCCAUUCAAGUGUUACUUGAUAACUGUAUACCCUCUGUAUGCUGAUGGUCAGGGAAGUCCUUCAAAAGGACCGACCAUUCAAACAAAAAAAGUAGGAAAAGCUGAAGCGGUUUUAACAUGGAACCAUCUCACAGUGGAUGAGCAAAAUGGAUUUAUCAGAAGUUACACCAUACUUUACAAAACGAUCGAUGGAAAUGAAACAGCUGUGACAGUGGACCCUUCCAAGACGGAGUAUACCCUUUCUUCUCUAACCAGUGACACACUGUAUACUGUGCGAAUGAUGGCUUACACAGAUGAAGGAGGCAGGAGUGGUCCUGAUUUUACAUUUACUACACAAAAAUUUGGGAAAGGAGAAAUUGAAGCCAUAGUUGUACCUGUUUGUCUAGCGUUCCUGUUGAUUGUGCUCCUUGGAGUUUUGUUUUGCUUCAACAAACGUGACCUAAUUAAAAAACAUAUCUGGCCUAUUGUCCCUGAUCCAUCCAAGAGUAACAUUGCCCAAUGGUCGCCUCAAGUUCCAGCUAAGCAUAACUUUAGUUCCAAAGAUCAGAUGUACCCAGAAGGCAGCUUUACAGAUGUAAGCGUCGUAGAAAUAGAAGCUGAUGACAAGAAGUCUUUUUCAGAACAAGAUCUAAAACCCUUUGACUUGCUUAAAAAAGAAAAAAGUACUUCAGAAGGGCACAGCAGUGGUAUCGGAGGAUCUUCGUGCAUGUCUUCUCCUAGGCAAAGUGUCUCUGACAGUGACGAAGGUGAAACUACACAAAACACUUCAAGCACUGUACAGUAUUCAACUGUGGUACUUAAUGGCUACAGAGACCAAACACCUGUACAAGUCUUUUCAAGGUCUGAGUCGACUCAGCCACUGCUAGAUUCGGAAGAGAGAUCAGAGGAUCACAGUGGAGGAGGUGACAGUACAGCACAGAGGCAGCAGUAUUUCAAACAAAAUGGUGGUCAGGAUGAAACCAACACAGACAGGCCAUGCUUUGAAAGAACAAAGCAAAUUAUUCCUGCUAAUGAGGGGGAUCUUGUUGGAUUUGCACAACUGCAGAUCUCAGGUCAGAGUUCAGAGCCAUUGGGCCUUGGGCUGGAAAAAAAUACCCAGGAAGCUGCUGUAUCAGAUGUUUUACAGACAAGUACUGAAGGACAAACUGUGAGACCUGAAACCGUGGGAGGAAAUCCACUGUCAAUUGAUGAAAUGCCGAAAAGUUACCUCCCACAGACUGUGAGACAAGGGGGCUAUAUGCCUCAGUGA